AUGCUGGCGCUCCAUAUUGCCCUGUAUGCCAUCAUCGGCACCUGUUUCACCUUCUCCGUGAUCGAGCUAGGACUGUGUGCCUAUGUGGUUGCUGUCUACACUGGUCGUCGUACAGAAUCCUACUAUGAUUUUGUCACGGGUAACGAAGUCUCGCAGACUGUCCACGUCAGUACCCCGGGCAUCUUGGCUUUCCUCGUCUUCUCUGCCGUCUGGUCUAUGCUGGUCUCUGUGGUUGGCCUGGGCUUGCCUUGGCUCCUCACUAGCAAGGGCAAGGCCACGGCCACAUUGAACCGCAUCCUGGGCAUCAUCUUUGCCGUUCUCUAUGGUGUCACUGGGGUGUUCUGGCUGGCCUGCUUUGCCGAUAUCGCGGCCAAUCUCGAUGGUGUUACCAGCUACAAUGACUACUUGAAUGCUGUGAUUGCGUUUGCGGUCCUGCUAUGGCUUCUCUUCAUGGCCCUUUUCAUCUUGUCAAUUCUGGCACUUUGCGGCGUACUCUUUUCCGACUGGCUCGGUUACCAGUCUCUGCGCAAUACUGAGGAAGUCGGCGCACCACAAGAGGUUCGGGAAGCCGGUCUUGCUGCCCAUGACGCUACGGCUCAUGAUGUGCAUACCAGUACGGUUCCGGUCCCUCCUCCGUCAGAAUUGUCAAUUCGUGAUCGUGAUGCUGAGGCCAUGCAUAAUCAGACCAUGAGUAGCGCUCAUAGCGUCUCGUCGCCAUCGGGAAUCAACAGCGUCGAGCUUAGCGGUGAUAGCGCCGUGCACACGUCCCAA